AUGCGCAUUUCCAUUGUUGUCAUUUUAUUUUUUUCUCUUUCCCCGUUUCCGAUCGCGACCUCGGAACUCUCCUCGUACAUUUCUGUGAAAACAGGAGUGUUGUUCAUUAGAUUGAUAUUUUCCAGACUUUAUCCAGACGUUUCUCCCAACAAUGGCUCAGAAGAAAGUUCACAUUGAAUACUGUGGUUCCUGAGGGUACUAUCCCCGCUACCGGGAACUGCAAGAGAUGAUUGAGUCUGCAGUCAAAGGAGUGGAUGUUGAUGGCAAGCGAGGCAGACCUAGUUCAUUCGAAGUUACAUUGAAUGGGCAGGUCUUGUUUUCCAAGCUGAAAAAUGGAGGGUUCCCAGACCUUGAUGCGGGUACGAACGAGAAGAUGUCUGACAGCUCUAUCUGGGAUCCUCACGACGGUCCAAGUUUUGUAGAUCAUGGAGAAUGGGUGCAGCAUUCAUCAGCAUGGGAAUCGUCUCAUUUUCACGAUCCAUUACCUGAUACUGGGACAACUACACCGAUACAUGGAAACGCCAGAGCAGAAGCAAUCGAAACUCCGAAGAGACUUUUGUCAACAUCAUCUACCAAUAGCAACGACGUCGAAGCCCAGCAAACAUCUGAGAGAACAACACCGCGAAUUCAUAGGAAAAGAUCUUCCUCCACUCCUUUGGCAAAUACUACCAAUUUAGUUACCGAGGUGACAAGGACUACUGGUGUAUAUUCGAUCACUGAACCGCAUAAAAUAUCCAAUGUUGGUGCAGCUCAAGCACCUCCUCCAGGCGGCUUUUUCCAACAACAUCGUGUCUUAAUAUUUUCUGCCUUCGCUACGUCCGCUGUCAUCCUUCUAGUCGUCGCAUUUCUUGUAGUCAUCCUAUGUCGAUCACGGAAGAAGAAAAUAAAACGAGUGAAGUCCUCAGAAGCACCAAAUAGCAAAGGAGUCCGUCGUCUUGUGAAGAUGGAGAGCCAGGAGCAUACCUAUGAGGAGGUAGAGAUUCACAAGAAAGAUGACAUCAUCAAGAGUAGCUUGGACACCAGGCUAACACCCACCACCAUCAACAUCAAUCAAGAAGAGAUAAGUGACCUUAAAAGACCAGAUGUCGACCAGAUUGGAAACGGAUCAUUUUACUUCAAAUUAAAUGAAUCUGAUGGUCAGCCAAUCUCACCAGUUUAUUCUACACCCAUUUUGAAACAAACAGAUGAAUUUUCCGCACAAACAGAAAUUGAUAAAACGGGUCUUCAUCGUCUUUACAGUGAGCCUAUUCAUUUUAACAAAGCAAAGGAAGACGGAGACAAGAUCCAAGAAAAUAUUCGAUAUUCUACCCCCUGCAGUGCUCCAGCAUACUUCAUCAUCGAUCCUUCAUGUCCUUUUCAAGUUCGUGAGAUAGGCUCCGAAACGACCACCGGAACAACCCUUCCUCGUCGAAAGCUGACAAGACAGUGUGACGUAACACUCGAAAAGUACGAUAAGCUUGGCCGCGGCAUCAAUAUGACGUCAUGUGACCGCGACAAGGGAAUGGAAAAUUCGAAUGGUGUGUUUUUUGACGACGCUGGAUCUUACAAUCACCUGAAACUUGAUCAGAAUACAACGAGAGUGAUAAAAUCAGCCUCUCCGAUAGUUGAUGCAUCAUCAAAUGAAAAGAGAGUAGACCUAUCUGGUGUUCUCGAGGCUAAAGGAUAUAACACCUUAGCGUUUUAGAUCGUUUAGGGUUUUAGCUUUCUAUAACGCAGAGAAUCUUUUGCCAAAAGCCCUUCAUAACAAAGCAGCCUUUGUCGAAAAUCAGUGAAUCAAAACAGCAGUGUCGUCCAAUACUGACCAAACAGAAACGUUGUUAACGCUAAAAGAAGCCCUGUUACAACCGGUAACUUAUGAUGCCUAAUGUUACAACAAUGCAUUACUUACACAUUGAAAUAAAAUAUGUUUUGACUUCAAAGAUGAGACUGGACUUGCUGUUGAUGCUCUUUUAGGCAAACAAUGUUUCUCUGCGGCCGGCACUGGACUCUGGACAAACGACAUAUUUGCACUUAUUUUUCGUCCGGUCCGAAUCUUAAGACGAUGUGCUGUCCCGGUCCACCAACUUUCGACAUUGACCUCUCAUCUGUCCAUUGUGAUUAUUUUGAAGGGCAUUUUCAAUUAUAAAUAAAUUCUGAACGUUGCAGAAAGCGUCUGCGAAGUAGAUGCAAAAAAUGCACUAUUCCUUCGGCAGUGUUGGUCCAUCGUUAUAGUUAGCCCUACAUGAACAUUUUUCCAAUUUGUACAUAAUUUCAAACACGAAUUUCACGCUUUCACUUUUUAGAAAAUAAUAUAGUCAAUGCAUAAUUAUAAACAAUAGUUGGUGUGAUAAUCAUUAUCGAGAUAAUUUGAUGUAUAGGCCUUAUCGCAAGUGAAUUGAUGACCGUUCAAGUAAAAAAGGCCGGCAAUCUAAUAUGUAUUUAAAACUGCGAAUGACAGUGGUUAAAAGAAUCAGAUUUAGCUUAAUUCAUAGAUCAUUAUCCAAAAUCUUUCUUUCUGAAAUAUUUAUUUUAAUAUGCAUCAAAUUAUAUGUAAUCAAUUGCCCUUUUCUCAUGGCAAACAAAAUGACACGUUCUUUCUGACAGGGCCUUAUAUAGACUGUAGCCAUUUCAGCCAAUACCGAUGAUGCCAUAACAUAUAGGCACCCUUAUUCUUAACGAUAAUGAUCCUCAUGUUCUUUUUGAAACAAAGACACUCUUUAAAUUUUAUUUCUCCUCUGACCAAUGUGAAAGUGAGUCUAGUCUGAAUUAAUCAUUUAUGCCUGUUAUCAAAAUAAAUUGUAUAGCAAUUGUGUAACGUAAAAGGAUGUUUCAGUCUUUCAACUUUCGUGAUGGCGAGUAACGGAAAUAUUGUUGAAACGUAAUUUAUGGUCAUGGUGUUAGUCAACAAUGAUUAUUAACCUGCAUGCAUGACAAACUGUAAAUACAUGUUUUAUUGUAAAUAACUCUUGCUGAAUAAAGUCUAAA